UUCAAAAAUCAAAAGAAAUAUAAAUCCAGCACGUAAUUGCAUCAUUUAUAAACACCAUCGUAAUAUUGCCGUUUAUUUGCAAGUCGACACAGUUUUGAGUGAGGUGUUAUUAUUGAUCAGUCGCCAGUUCAUAUUUUUGAGUAUAUACAAAUACAUCGGUGUUCGUAUCAACUUAUAUCAAAACCAUGCAAUUGACACAGAAACAAGCUGACGAAUUUUGGAACAUUGCCGACGCUGAUGGAAAUGGCCAGAUGCAGAUCAACGAACUCCAUAUGGCACUGAAAAAAUGCGGUGCAAAAAUUUCGGAUAAGGAACUCGCGAAAAUGUUUUGCGACAUUGAUAAAAGUGGCGACGACAUUAUUACUAAGAAAGAGUUCGUAGACGAAAUGGUAAAUAAAGUCAACCGAGGAGAUGCUAUGUGCAAGUUGUUUAAGAAAUAUGAUGCCAGUGGUGACGGUAAACUGAGCCGAGAUGAAGUUGCUAAGCUGCUUGCAGAGUCCUACAAAGCUAAAGACCCAAAAGAAGUUUUGGAUGAUUUUCUGAAGUAUGCUGAUACCAGUAAUGAUGGAGUAAUCACCUAUGAUGAGUUUGAAAGCUUUUUUGGCUAACUUUUGUGAAGCUGGCAGUUAAUUACUAUAUACCGACAUAUAAAAAGGUGCUACAAGAAAUUUAAAAUGAUGCAUGCAUAUUCAUAAUCGCUAUCUUAAAAGAAAUAUUAAGCAUAAAUGUUUUCAAAAUAUUGAAGCAUUACGUGCUUUGAAUCUGCUAUGUUUUGUAAAUACAUGAACAUAUGAUAGCGAGAUCGUAGAGCAGGUCCUUUUAUAACUGUCAUUAAUAACAGCAACUCAAGUAUGUUUAAAAGUACCGGUAUGAUAUAUUUAAAAAAAAAUGACUGCAAGUUCUUUACUAAGGUAAGGAUAUCAAGAUUGUUAAGAUUUUAUUUUACAACUAUGCCCAUAUGGGCAUAUCUCUUGACAACAAUAGCUAUGAAGAAAAUAUAUGUGAUAAACAUUCAUCUAAACAUGUAAAAAAUUCAACCUCAUCAUGCUGAGUAUCCGAAAUGAACCCGUCCACACUGGUGGCAAAUAGAACCGCACACAGUGUUUGCAAAUGGACCUGUC